GGCACCGGGGCAGCGCGGAGCGGCGGAGAUGGCUGGGGCUUGAGCCGCGCCAGGUGCGUUGCGCCGGGAUCCCGGGAAGGCAGCACCCACCUCCAGCCCGGGCCGGGAUCCCUCGCCCGAGCUCCCCGCGGCAGCCGUGCGGGGCACCGGAACCGGGGACCCCCCCUUCCUCCUGCCCCCCGGCCGGCAUGGAGCCGCCCGCAGCCUGCCUCUGGCUCUCGGUGUUCAGCUGCCUCCUCGCCUGGGUGUCAAGCACAACUCCUGAGUGCGCCAUCAUGCUGGCGAUCGAACACGAGCAUGAGAAAUGCCUGACGGACCCUGGCCUGGACAAUCAGACAGUAGGUUGUGGAAGGAUGUGGGACAACAUAACCUGCUGGCCCUCAGCAGCAGUGGGAGAAGUUGUGGUGAUUCCAUGCCCCUUAUAUUUUAUCUUCUUCUCCAGUUCUCUGGGUAAUGUGACCAGGAACUGCACAAGCCAAGGCUGGGCAGACAUGUAUCCUGCCACCUAUGCAGCAGCUUGUGGGUACGAUAACAACAGCACUCCAGUAGACGAGCGGACGACGUUCUAUGGCACAGUGAAGACCGGUUACACCAUCGGACAUAGUUUUUCUCUGAUUGCUCUCACUGCUGCUAUGAUCAUUUUGUGCCUCUUCAGAAAACUGCACUGCACUCGAAAUUACAUCCACAUGCAUCUCUUCAUGUCUUUCAUCAUGAGAGCCAUUGCAGUCUUCAUCAAGGACUUCAUCCUCUUUGAGAGCGGCGAAUCUGACCACUGCUCUUCGAGCUCAGUGGGCUGCAAGGCCGCGAUGGUUUUCUUCCAGUACUGCAUCAUGGCCAACUUCUUCUGGCUGCUGGUGGAAGGCUUAUACCUGCACACCCUUCUGGUCGUCUCUUUCUUCUCAGAGAGGAAGUACUUCUGGUGGUAUAUCCUGAUUGGCUGGGGUGCACCAUCGGUUUUCAUCACAGCCUGGACUCUCAUCAAGGUUCACUAUGACAACUUCGGGUGUUGGGAGGACAUAGGCGAGUCCCGGUACUGGCUGAUCAUCAGAGCUCCUAUUGCAGUUUCUAUUUUGGUGAACUUCAUCCUCUUCGUUUGUAUUAUCCGGAUCCUAUUCCAAAAGCUGCAUUCCCCAGAUGUCGGGCGCAAUGAAACCAGCCAGUACUCGAGACUGGCUAAGUCCACCCUGCUGCUGAUCCCGCUCUUCGGCGUCCACUACAUCGUGUUCGCCUUCUUCCCCGACAACUUCAAAAUAGAGAUAAAGCUCGUCUUCGAGCUUGUGCUCGGCUCCUUCCAGGGCUUUGUGGGGGCCGUUCUAUACUGUUUCCUCAAUGGGGAGGUCCAAGCUGAGCUGAAGCGGAAGUGGCGCAGGUGGCACCUGGAGAGGUUCCUGGGCUCUGACAUGAAAUAUCACCACCCAUCCGUCGGAAGCAACGGUACCAACUUCAGCACUCAGAUCUCCAUGCUCGCCAAGUAUUCACCUAAGACUCGCAGGUGUUCCAGCUCCCAAGGAGACUUCUCUCUGGUCUGAGGGGGAGAAACGCCCCAGCACGGAACACUUGAGAGAGAGAAACCGUCCAGGAAUUUAUUUAAAGCUGAAGAGUUGUUUUUAAACAAGACGAUCCCCAUGAGUCAAACAAAGGGCAUGAAACUGGAAAAGCCGCUGACAUCCUGAAGGAGAAGAGACAAGUCAGGACACAGAUCUAUUUUCCUUCUUUCCAGACCUUUAACUACAGGCUUGUCCCUGGGCAAUGGAGAAACUCACAAACUGACUAUUAAACUUGUGCACAACUCCAGCUUGCCUGGGGAGGGCCUAGGAGGUUCUGAAAGACUUGUGAAUAGAGGGCGGGGGAUAAUUAAUGGCUUCACCUGAGCCAGCUUCUCGGAAACAGGUAGAAAUGAUGCACUUUUUAAAAUGAGCCAAUGAGAAAAAACCAUGCUUUUAAUGUGCCAAGAGUCCGAUCGGUAAGGGACAGCAGUGAGAUGAGGAAGGACCUACAAGCAGGGGACAGAUUGUAGUAGGGUGCAGCAUUGUGCGUUUCACUUUGCUACAAAUAAGCCGAAAGACCAGAAAGUCAUCUCAUCGGCUCCGGAACCAGAGUGGAAUCUGCAGCUCGCCAACAAUCUGUAUUGCCCUCGUUAAUAAAAGCUUUGAGUACCUCCACCGUCGACGACGCCUCCGAAAUGUAGCUUGCUGAGGAGCUAAAUGUAAAUGCCCUUUUCUGCACUAUACUCGUUAUGUUUUUUUUAAAACAGGAUAUAAUAAACUUGCAUGGCUAAUGUAUAUAAACAAGGUACAGGUGCCAAUUCAGUUGCAUGGCUGUGUUUUUCAUAAACGAAACCCUCUCU